UACCAAACACAGCCUUAAUUAAACCCAUCUUCCGGAGGGAACGGAGGACUCUCACCGAAACGGGUUCCUUUUGGACACUGUAGUUGCUUUCGAGGGUUCUUCAGGGGUACAACCAUCAAACGUUUUGCAGAGACUGCGUCUGUCUCAGAGAGAGAGAGAGAACGAUGGGAAAUCCCAAGCAGAAAUGGACGACUGAAGAGGAAGAAGCUCUGCGAGCGGGUGUAGACAAGCACGGCGUCGGGAAAUGGAAGAACAUUCAGAGGGAUCCAGAAUUCGGUCACUGUCUAUCGGCGCGUUCCAAUAUCGAUUUGAAGGAUAAAUGGCGGAAUAUGAGUGUUAGUGCUAGCGGGCAGGGCUCUAGAGAAAAAUUAAGGACUCCAAAGUUAAAGGCUAUUACAGCCUCGGCUACUUCAGCUCCCAUCGUUCAGAGUUCUGCUACCACUGCUCCAGUUGCACAGGAUGCUCGAGCUGAUACUGUAAAUGAUUCUGGACCUGGCUUACAAGAUGGCAAGGCUGCUCCUCGGUACAACACAAUGAUUUUUGAUGCACUUUCUACCUUGGAUGAUCCAAAUGGAUCAGACAUUAGUUCUAUCAUGAGCUAUAUUGAGAAAAGGCAUGAUGUGCCACUGCCACAAAAUUUCAGAAGGUUGUUGAGUUCAAAGUUGAGAAGACUUGUUGCACAGGACAAGCUUGAAAAGAUCCAGAACUGCUACAAGAAAAAAGAAGAUAGUACUGUUGGAACAAGAGCGCCUCCCCCAAAACCAAUCCGGCUGAAGCAAUCUCAAAAUCCUGUGCCCAAUGCUUCUAUUGACGUGGUGGAAGAAGCAGCAGCUGCUGCUGCCUACAAAAUUGCCGAGGCAGAAAGCAAGGCAUAUGUGGCCUCUGUAGCAGUAACAGAUGCAGAGAAAAUAGCAAAGAUGGCUGAAGAGGCAGAGUCAUUGGUACUGCUAGCAAAACAGAUAUUUGAACAAUGUUCACGAGGUGAAAUUGUACUUGUGGCCUAAACAUUGGACUGGUGUGGGGCAAGACUGAAAGGACAUAGGCCAUUGUAUAUUGUUCAACAGGUAGAUGAUUACUUCUAUACAAAGGUGAAGCUGGAUGCCGACAUGUAAUUUCGUGGACAUUGGAGCAGUACAUCAAUCAGCCAAAUUAAUGUUUGUCCAAUUGAUUAUUCUCUGGCUGCUUGUAAAAAUAUGAAGCCCUACCAAUUCUAUGUUAUGUCUCUUUUUCUGGAAAUCAACAGCAAUUGUAUCAAUUCAAGGACAAUAUCAAUACUGAAAGUGCAUAGGGACUGACUUAACUCUGACUGAAA